GAGCCCUGGCGGUGGCUGCCUGACGUCACCGGCCUCUCUGGCAAUAGGCUGCGAGCUCAGCUCCCUGAAGCGGCGGCGAAGGCGAAGGCGGCGGCGGCGGCAGCAGCGCGGCUCGGUCUCUGGCCCAUUCACUCCACGCUUUCUGCAGCCGCCACUGCAGCCGCGCGGCGGGGGCUCCCUCCUUGCAGCCAGCUGGCGGUCCAGCCUGGUGCCUCUGCAAAGGAAAGGGGCGCGCGGAGACGUGUUCGAGGUGGUAUCGGCGAGGAUCUCUCGGGCGCCGCUCACUCCUUGGUCGCCUUGCUUGCCAGCAGUUGCUACCUUAGUCCUUGGCUCGCUCGCACACCCCCUCCCGCUACGGGGAGCAAUUUUGGGUGGCGUGGGCUCCGUCCUCUUCUUGGCUGGUGGGAACAGUGUGCCCAAGAGGGGAAGCCUAGUGGGCCCGGCCCCUCCCAGCCCCGCGCCAAUGAGUGCCAGGGCGCCGAAGGAGCUGAGGCUGGCGUUGCCGCCGUGUCUCCUCAACCGGACCUUUGCUUCCCCCAACGCCAGCGGCAGCGGCAACACGGGUGCCCGCGGCCCAGGCGCAGGUGGCAGCGGCACCUGCAUCACGCAGGUGGGACAGCAGCUCUUCCAGUCCUUCUCCUCCACGCUGGUGCUGAUUGUCCUGGUUACCCUCAUCUUCUGCCUCAUCGUGCUGUCCCUCUCCACUUUCCACAUCCACAAACGUAGGAUGAAGAAGCGGAAGAUGCAGAGGGCUCAAGAGGAAUAUGAGCGGGAUCACUGCAGCGGCAGCCGCGGUGGCGGGGUGCUGCCCCGACCCGGCAGGCAGGCCCCAACCCACGCAAAGGAAACCCGGCUGGAGAGGCAGCCCCGGGACUCUCCCUUCUGCGCCCCUUCCAACGCCUCGUCGUCGUCCUCUUUGUCCCCUGGCCUCCCGUGCCAGGGUCCCUGUGCUCCUCCGCCUCCACUGCCAGCCUCCAGUCCCCAAGGAGCACACGCAGCUUCCUCCUGUUUGGACACAGCUGGCGAGGGCCUUUUGCAAACGGUGGUACUGUCCUGAUCGUCUAGCCCCUCUCGUUCCCUGUCCUCGUUUCCAGCAUCUUUGCCACCCUUGCUUUUUUCCUCCUUCCUUCCUAUUUUCCUCUGGCCCCUCUUUCCUCUUCCUGGUUUCCUUACCUGCCCUCCCCUUACUCUUGUUUCUCCUCCGCCGAGGCACUGUGCGGUAUUUGUAAAUAUUGGGCGAGGAAAGUCUCGGAAGAAGAAAUAACGCUGAUAAUACUUUAUUAAUAUUUAUAGUAAUUAUUAUAAUACUAAUAACACAAUCCAAGCGCAUGACAAAUCACAUAAUUUCUAAUUGUCAAUGAAGGAUGCAUCUUCCCAUUCCACCCCGCGCUCCCCUCAAUUAGGAGGAGAAACCGCACAAGCUACCAAAUAUAUAAAAGGCAUUGAUUCCCGGAGCAAAGGGAGGGGAGGGGGCCCGGUAAUGUACAUAGCUGUCAAGUUAAGAUUUAGUUUCCUUCCUUCCCCUCUGACCCCUAAGCUUUCACUUUUCCUUUAGCUCUCCUCCCCAUUCCCACCCUCAGCCGGGCUCAGGCAAUAGUAUAUUAUAAAGAAAAUGUCUACAUUAAGCACCAGGACUGCAAGAGGCCAUAGAGAAUAGUCCCCGGAAAGCGUUUAUGACAGGUACCCCUCGCCAGUCAGCCCAUUUCUCACCCUUUGGUUAACCAUUACAUUUUACAGGACAGAGCAUUUAAUUUACUUUUUAAAAUGACCCUCGCUGGCCGAGCAUAAGUACGUUAAAAUCUUUAAAUUAGUUUGUUUUUUUAAAAAAGCUAAUGCUUUCACUCCCUGCCCCGCCCCCACCCGUACACCUUUGACUUGUGACAUUUUCAGGAUUUACAAAGGAUCUGGGAGCUGUCCAGCCAGGUCUGGUGCUGAAGUCGCCUCACCGUUCUGAUUACUUCCUCUAGUUGUGAAGGCAGAGGAGGGGCUGUUUUGGAAAGUGACUAUUCUGGCUUUUGGUUGGGUUCUUUCUUCUUUUUCUACAAUCGAGUUAGCGUGUACUAUUGGUUUUCUUAUUAUUAAACAUUGCAUAAGUUACCUUUUUUGUAAAAAAAAAAAAAGUAUUAGGUGAUGUGCAGUACUGAAAGUGCAGUAUCUAACCAACUAGAAUGUUUCUGUUUCAUUUUUAGAACAAGUGCACCUUUGUUAUAUAUUUAUUAUAUUGGUACCAAAUACAGAAAAAAACUAUAGUUCUGUACUAUGUCCUCCAAACUGUAUAUUAUUGUUCUUAAUUUCCAGCUGUUGAUAUAAUGGUUACCACUGGAUGAGAAAUUCAGUGGUGCAGACCUGGCUUCUGCUGUUUCCAGAAGUGUUCUUUUGUACCUUAUUCUGUAGUAGACUGUUGUUAUAAAAAGAUGACACACAUGCUUUAUUUUUUCUUUUGCAAAUAAUAGAAAAAAACACAACCACAGAAACAAACAAAUAAUGGAUGUGCAAGAAUGCCAUCUAUUAAAAACAUGGUUAAUAUUUAAACAGUGCCUGUAGUUCUCCCUGCAUGCAGUUACCACCUGGAGGCAGUGGUGUGUGUGCUUGCUUGUACUGUAUGUGGUUGGGGAUGAGACUGGUGGGGAUGUUGGGCAAUUUGGACGACAGGACAUGCGAAUUUCAAGAAAAGCUAGAUCCAGUAAUUACUUAUAGGAUAAAAAUGUUUGCAGCUUGUUUGUUUAGUUGCAAAUCUGUGCCUGCAGCAAAGGAAAGGCUCUCUUUCUCAGUCUGUCCUAACUUCACUGAACAUACAAAAAUACUGAGAAAAAAAGAAAGUGAGAAAAUAAGAUAAAUAUUUUAUUAUUUUCUAAUGCCAGACAAGGCCAUCUAUGUUAGAAAUAGAAUUAGUCUAUAGUUAUUUACCACCUUGUUUCUUUUGGUUGAAUGACAGAAGAAGCCAGAAGCAUAUUACAAUAUUAAUUAUAUGCAGUGGCAUCUCUUCUUGGAAGUCAAGCCUUUGACAGCUAUUCAAAUUUUUGGAAAAUGUAUGAAUGAAAAUGAUCUGCAAAAAGCUCUGCCAAGAGAGUCCUUACUAUCCUGCAGGGUGUAAGGCAACAGUGCCCCUAUGAGCAUCCCUCUCCCAAGCAACUAAUUGUUCUAAAUUGUCUACUUGGUCCAGACAUAUGUGCUCUUAUCCAGAGGAAAUAUUACCUCUAAUAUUUUUGGUCAUCUAUUAAAUUGCCCAAGCUCAGUCUGCAUCUUUUAUAAAAAUAAUUUAAUAAACUUAAUUUUAAUCACCCAUAAGAUAAUCACCUUUCCUGAAGCACAGAAGAUCAUCAUUGAAGCAUGCCAUCUUGUAAUAUUAGGAAGACCAGGUAUAAUCUUUGGGUACAAUAUAUUAAACAAUGAACCAGUUUUUCUCCAGUGCCUUAGUCACUUCCUAGUAAUAGGUAAAAGAGUGCAUUAACUCCCUCAGACCACUAGGGAAUCCUGUAGUGCAUCGGAGUUCUACACUGUACAUCAGAAUGACUAAGGCACUGUGAAGAAGAAAGUCCACUGAUUUUUGUAGCUUACCCUCAUCCAGUGGUAGCUCUUUAAUACCUUAUUACAGAAUGACUUUUGGACUUGAAAUUUGAAUAGAAUCAGGGACCCAGAAGGGAGCUUCAUCAUUCCCAAUGAGCUCCAGUAAGUGCAUGGAUAUUACUUUCUUCCCCUUAUUUGGUGCACUUUCUACAGCGAAUAAUUUCCCAUUUUAUUAAAGCAAUAAGAUGUUCUGUUGUGAGCAGUGCUGGAUAACGAUUCCAUUUUCUUGGUGCUGAAGCUACGCAUAUGUUCUUGCCUUAUGAAUCAUAGUAUAUUCAAGGCAUGCAAUAAUAAUCCCCUUCCAAGGAGCAGCCUGUACACUCUGUGGGGGUAACUAUGAAAUUGUCCUACAUCAUUUUUCCCCAAAGGAAUGCAAGGAACAAGAGAAAUAAAAGCAUUAUGUAUAUUGUAAAACAAAUGAUCUCAAUACCUCUCAACAUGGGCACACAUCUGUAAUACACUUUUAUUGUGCACCUUUAAAUGUGUAUGCCUUUCUCCAUUAAUUGACUGUAGUUUAAUAUUUUUAAUAGCGCUCUGUGUAAAGAUGAUGCAGUUUGUGAGUCAGAUUUCAUACUGAGCUUAAUAUACUCAGAACUAAGCUUCCAGUGGUAUCACUUGUGAUUCUUUUUAUGAGAUAGAGAAUUACAUGAAAUUCUAGUAAGCCAGUCUCCACACCAAAUUAUUUCAAUAAGCACAUAUCCAAGCAAUUCGUACGGACCCUGUUUAAAGCACUGCUUCUUAUAGAGCUCAAUUGGCAGUCUCAGGAGUUUGGGAUGCUACCAACAGGGCAUUUAGGUUUUCAUUUUUAUGAAACAAAAGGCAAUCUGGAAAUAGCUAAAUUUAUUUUAAGGAUUUUAUUCACUGAUGUCCCGUCAAACUAAUUGCUUCAAACCCCUAUAGCUACAGCUUAACUUCUGCACUUGCUAUUCAGUAUUAAUAAGGUGGCAUGCUUGAUUCUUAUUGUUUUUAAAAAUGAGAAAAUUUGGAGAGAGAAUACUAUUAUGUCAACUGUACAAGACUCUGAAUCUUAAAGAUGUAGAUGGAUAUAAUAUUUAGACUUUAUAUACACCCAUAGAUAUUUAUAUAUGCAUACGUUUUGUAUAAAUUUACAAUUGACUUUUUGUAUUCUCUUUUCUGUCAUUACAAGAAUGAGAUGGAAACCAAAAUAGUUGUUCCAUCCUCUUACCCAAAGAGGAUACUGAAAAGUUGGGUAUGUGCAUGCACUUAUUUCUCUGGGGUCAAAUCUGAAUGACUUUCUCUUUAAUAAUGAAAGGGGAGAGUCCUGGUUAGCUUGGGAAAUUGGUAAUUAGAUAAGCUUCCUUUCCUAGGUUAGUGACUCAAAUGUAGCAAUGAUAAUAAAGUUAUGACCAUAUCAAUGUGGUCUAAAUAUCUAGAUGGAAAGCAAAAAUAUCCAGAAGAGGUUUAGGGCCAUCUAGACCACAAACCUGGAACCUGGAUUGUGGUUUGAUUUUUUUCAUUUUCAACCUAUAUGUUGUGUAGAAAUACAAUUUACAUCUGCAUAGCUAAAGUUAAAGUGAAAAUAUGACCAUUAUCUCUUUAGUUUGAUAAAUCAUUUUUGGAUAAUAUGGAUAAAUUAGCUUUAAGAAACUUCUUUGACAUCUGACUUUUCCACCAUUUCUAUCUGUAUCAAUUGUAUUAAUUAGAUAAUGGUUAAAUUUUUAUUUUUUUAUCAUGUAGACAUAUGCUUUAAUGCUUUUCUGUGGGUGAAAGUUGAACAAUUGCUAGCUGAUAUUAUGUGGAAGUUACAGGUUACAUCUGAACCAGAAAUUUUAAUAUAAUCUGAUCAGGUUCCUUAGUCCCAUUCCCAUGUGAAUCUGAACUUUGAAUUUGAAUCUGAAAGGCCUACUUAUUUGGGCCAUUUUUUGUUGGAACUUGUGAUUGUGACUUACAGAUGUUUCAGUUCAUAUUAGAAUAAAUUGCCCAAUCUAUAAGAGAGUGUUUAAUCACUGGAAUGAAUGUAAAUCUGAUUCUGAUUUGAUUUGUUAUUUAUUUGGUAACAUUUGAGAAACAGCUAAUGAGGCUUGACAUCAAUACUUAUUAAUGUUACCAACCUAAUAAUACAACUGGUGCCAUGUAUGAAUGCUUAGCUGACAAUAAGAAUUUAAUCAAUUUUAUUUGGAGACAAUGACUUAUCAAGGAGAUCCUACCCAUUUGCGGUAGGGAUAUUUCCCUUUCAGUUGUGAUUACAAGUGGUUGUUUCUGUAGAGAGAUGAACAGCAACAACAGUGACAAGGAUGACAACAACAGAAAAACUGACUUUUGAACUUGAGUAUAUCCGAUAGAUAGAAGAAAAAAGAUAAUUAGAAUUCAUGGAAAUUUUGUUUUGCUUUUCUAUCAAUAAAAGAGUUUUCUUGUUAA